GGAUCUAUGAAUGCAAAUGAUGUCAAGGACAACACUGGCUGCAAGGAGUACACCUUUAUCUUUGCUCGUGGUACAACUGAAUUUGGUAACAUGGGAGCAGUUGUCGGACCCCCAGUGGCUUCUAAGCUUAGUGAUUUAACUGGCGGAAAAGUUGCUGUCCAGGGAGUCGACUAUCCUGCUUCAAUUGAGGGUAAUAUUGCAAUGGGCGCUGCUGGUGGUCCUGACAUGGUGUCCCUCGUUGAGAAGGCUAUUAGCCAGUGCCCAGACACCAAGAUACUUCUUGGUGGAUACUCUCAGGGUGCAAUGGUUGUUCACAAUGCAGCUUCCAAGCUUCCCGCUGGUAAGGUCGUUGGGGCAGUCACUUUUGGUGAUCCAUUCAAGAUCCAGGACCCACCCAAUGUCGGAAAAUUCAAGACAUGGUGCGCCAUGGGUGACCCGGUUUGCUUGAACGGUUUCAAUGUCAUGGCCCAUCUGAGCUAUGGUGGCGAUGCCGCCGAGGCUGCUCAGUUUUUACUCGGCUCUGCCGGUGCUGCUGGUGCUGCUGGUGCGGCUUGA